GGUAUCAGUGAGGAGAAAAAAGUCAUCAGAUAUUCUGAUCGCUAUGGCGGCCACAAGAAAUGUGAUGAGAGCUGUCAGAGUUUUUGAAUUUGGUGGCCCUGAAGUGCUUAAACUGCAGUCAGAUGUUUUAAUUCCUGUUCCAAAAGAAAAUCAGGUGUUAAUUCAAGUCCAUGCCUGUGGGGUAAAUCCUGUCGAGACAUAUAUUCGUUCUGGAAAUUAUGCUAGAAAACCGGCUUUACCCUAUACUCCUGGCUCAGAUGUGGCUGGUGUAAUAGAAAGUGUUGGGGAACAUGUGACUGCAUUCAAGAAAGGUGACAGGGUUUUUACUACUGGUACAAUCUCCGGAGGAUAUGCAGAUUAUGCAGUUGCUGCAGCUAAUAGAGUCUUUCCUUUGUCGGAUAAGUUGGACUUUAGGCAAGGAGCAGCGAUUGGAAUACCCUACUUCACUGCUUAUCGUGCUCUUUUCCAAAAAGGGCAUGCCAAAGCAGGGGAAAGUGUGCUAGUGCAUGGUGCGAGUGGAGGAGUGGGAAUAGCAACAUGUCAGAUUGCCAGAGCUUGUGGUUUGAAGGUUUUGGGUACAGCAGGAACCAAGGAAGGCAUGAACAUAGUUCUGAGAAAUGGCGCUCACCAAGUAUUUAAUCACAGAGAAGCUAAUUACAUUGAUAAAAUUAAGGAACACACAGGGAUGGAAGGAGUUGAUAUAAUAAUAGAAAUGCUCUCUAAUGUCAAUCUUGCUACUGACUUGCAACUGCUGUCCUAUGGAGGAAGGGUGAUGGUUGUGGGCUCUAGAGGUCCUAUUGAGAUAAAUCCGAGAGACACUAUGAGUAAAGAAUCUAGCAUAAUUGGAGUUAGUCUGUUUCUUGAAACUGAGGAGGAGAGGCAUGAAUGUGCGACAGCACUCCUUGAUGGCAUAGAAGCUGGCUGGCUGAAACCAAUUGUGGGCUCUGAAUAUCCACUGGAGAAAGUAGUUAAGGCUCAUGAAGAUAUUAUUCAUAGCAGUGGUGCUCGAGGAAAGAUGGUGCUCCUUCCAUAAAGUCUUUUUCCAUUUAUUUUGUAGCUGUUCUUAACGGUACCUUUGCUUACAUGAUUCAUUGGAUGUAAAACAUACUCUUGAUCAGGUUUGACAGUAACAGAAAAUGCUAACUUACAUUAAUUAAUUAACAAUCUAUUUUCCUUUUGUAAUAAGCAGAGUUGCAUAUACUUCAAAGUAAUUUUUGUAGCUUUUUUGGCUGAUGUGGAAAUAAUAGAUUUUCUCGGCUGGUGUGGCCUUGUGAUGCAGGGGAAACUAAUAUCUAAGAUAGAAUUUAAUAUCAUGCUCUAUGUGAAGUUAUAGUGAGGCCACUGUAGGUAGUGCGAAAUGAAGCCUGCUUUUUCAGCAGAUACAUAAAUGUAUAUAACUAACAAUAUGCAUAUAACUAGGACUCUAAAUUCUUUAGCCACAAAAUUUGUCUUAUUCAUCUUUUGUCAGGUAAUUUACUUGGAAUAAAAGCUUUUACUGCCAAAAUAGUUCACUUUCCAGAUCGAAAGUUGGCCAAAGAAUCUCUAAAAUGUGAACUGUUAGGAAGCAGAGGCAGUUUCAUUUUUCUACGCCUGACUUAGUAUGUGAGGUGAAAGUGUCUCUGUUAAUCCAAUGGGACCAUAACUCUGAAGCUGCAUGCUAAUA